ACCCAAACCGUUAUUGAACAUCAAAAUUAUGUGUAAAAAUUAACAGUAUCGCUAUACCUAUUCCCAAACCGAAAUGUACCAAAAUAACAUCGUUUUAUGGAAGAUUAAAUUGUUGCCUUUCCGCAAAGGAAGAUAAAACUAAUCUGCCACAAUGGAGCAAAUCUUUAUGAUCGAGGUAUUCGUCAAAAGAAUUGUCUUGAAGAUAGAACCACCAGAGAAAGAUGAAUACGAAUUGGCAAUGGAGGAGGAGGAGAGAAAGAGGGAAGCAGAACGUCUUGCUGCCCUCGAAGCUGCUCAGAAAGGCAAGAAAGGAAAGAAAGGAAAAAAAGGCGGCGCUAAGAAGGCCAAAAAAGGAAAAAAAGGUAAAAAAGGAAAGAAAGAACCUCCAGGCCCAUCAGAAGAAGAAAUGAAGUUUAUGCAAACUUGCACGAUGCAGAUGAACUGUCUUCCCAUUUUCGAUUUCUACGUGGCUCAUGAUAAUUUUGUUCCACCGCCACCACCGCCUCCUCCAGAAAAAAAAGGUAAAAAGGGUAAAAAAGCUAAACCCAAGAAAGGGAAAAAGGGCAAGGCUAAAGGGAUACCCCCUCGGAAGAUUGAGCUUCCGUCUGAACCUUUGCCCCAACCCCCGUACUUUGGCGUCGGUAAUUCAGUCAUGUUUCUUUCAAGACCUUCAAAAUUAGAGGAUGUGUUACGGAAAACUCCAGUUUAUAUCACUGUCUGGAACAGAGAUCAAGACAUGGGCUGCAUUGGUUUCUGUAUUGUGGAAUGGCACGAAUCAUUUUUUGAAUGUCUUCAUAAAGCCGCGGAAUUGAAUCGAAUCAAUUUCGAACAAGCAGAAUAUAGAGAUACUAAACAGCCAGAAAUGGUGACCAAUACAGUUGAAAUGGUACGCCCACUGCAGUGCGAGGAAGAUUUGAAAGCGUCAGGUGAAGUCGAAUUUUAUAUCCGUCUGUCGUGUUUAGGCAACAGAGUGAUGAGUUACUUUGUGUCGUUGCCGGAGAUGGAGCGCAUUCCUGGAAGAAAGUAUCUGUGUGAUGACUUGAAACUUAAGGAUAUAGAGGUUGUAAGGCACUGGGAAGGUACUGUCAUAGAUGAAGUGCCUCCCGUAGCAUAUUUCUUCAGUGCUCCUGACAUAACUAGAGAGCCUAUCAAACCUGUUGAAGAAUUUGUGCAGUACGAAGAAUUCGUUGCUCCAUUUUCACAGAGCGAACUGGCAAUUUUGUCCAUGGGCUUCCCUAAAGGGCCUUGUGGUGGUACUAAUUGCUUGAAGAGAAUGGAGUAUAGAGGCAGUCAGCAUCAAUUUAUUCCAGGGGAGGUUAUUAAAGGAAAGUACCAGCAUGGUCAGUUUGUUAACAAGCGAGAUGUGCAUGGGCCAUGUGGGAGACUCGAUUGUCCUCUAGCGAAGAAGGUUCGUGCCUACCUUUGUAGUGAAGGCAGUUACAAACCAUGCAAGAAGCCUUGUUGCACCGAUUAUUACUAGUUUGGAAUCAGGUUUAUUUUAGUAGGUAUAGAUGUUCAAAUUUGUUAUAGUUAGCAAUAAGAUUAUGUUUAACAAUACAAUAAUAGACUUAACAAUAAAAAUCGUACCAUAUCA